UCCCAAAAAUGAAGAAAAAGGGAAAGAAAACCCACGCAGCAAUUGUUUUGAGUAAGAUUAUGAGAUUCCUUCCAAGUCACACACAUAGACAAGAGUGAGCAGUGACCAAUAAUUACAUAUGCAGCUCCAUUAGCUCUUCAGUGGACGCGAUGAUAAUCGGCGACGAAAAGUAGACAGACUGUCUUCUGGGACUGGGAAAGAGGGGAGGGAAAUGGGUGAGAGCUACCCUUACAAGGAAUACGUGGCUGGUUUGCUCGCCGGCGUUGCCACUGUCCUCAUCGGCCACCCCUUCGACACCGUUAAGGUGAAAUUGCAAAAGCACAAUACUGAAGCACAUGGGAUCAAGUACAGGGGUGGUUUGCAUUGUACUGCGAGGAUACUAAGGACUGAAGGAAUAAGAGGGCUUUAUAGAGGAGCAAUGUCGUCUUUCAUAGGGGUGGCUUUUGAGAGUUCCCUAGUUUUUGGAAUUUAUUCCCAGAUGAAACAGUCGCUGCAGGUAGCAAUGGGAAGUUCACAAACUGGUGGGCCACAGCUGCAAAUAAUAGUUCCGUCUGCUGCUUACGGUGGAGCAAUCAUCAGUUUUGUAUUAUGUCCAUCAGAGUUGUUGAAGUGUAGGAUGCAAGUUCAAGGCACAGACUCUUUGGUGCCAAUGUCCAGCAGAUACAGUGGUCCUCUUGAUUGUGCCCUUAAAACUGUUAAAGAUGAAGGGGUUAAAGGGAUUUUUCGUGGAGGUUUUACAACAUUCUUAAGAGAAUCUUUGGGAAAUGCAGUCUUCUUCAGUGUUUACGAGAAUGUCCGCUAUCACAUGCAUUCAAGACUGAAAUCUGGUUCAUCUGACUGUACCAGCUUGAUUGACGUGGGAGUUGGGAUUUUGAGUGGUGGUCUUGGUGGUAUCGCUUUUUGGUCAGCUGUUUUGCCGUUGGAUGUGGCAAAGACCAAAAUACAAACUGCUGCAGACAAUAACACUUCACGGAAUCCAUUUCAAAUCUUGAGCUCGAUUUACACUAGGAACGGAUUGAAAGGAUGGUAUACGGGUUUGUAUCCUACAAUAGUUCGGGCAUUUCCUGCUAAUGCAGCAGCAAUUGUCACCUGGGAGCUAGCCAUAAAACUUCUAGGUGUCAAGCACGACUGAGGACGUUGUUAUGUUAUCAUUAAUUACCUUCAUCUAACCUUUCUUGUAAUUCCCAAAGCACAUAUAAUGGAGCCUUUCCGCCAUCAAUUUGGACCAGAAAACUAGAGUUGGGUGCUGCUUGGCAUAGUUACUUCCAGAUUUUUUCGUGCUUCAGAGUCUGGAGGCUGGAGCUGCCUGACUGACAAAUGUAAUAUGAUAUGCUGCUGUUACCAGUAUAUCUUGUAUAACAUUCAUUUUUCUUCCUUUCAGUAAUAUAGGGAGGACGACUGCUGGACCAUUUUUAGUUAUGGUCAAAAUUAGUGUUGUCAUAUUUGAUUAGAGCUUAUUGAGCUCGGUCAUUAGAACCAUAUGAAGAAUUUGAUUGGAACUGCACCCUGUUUCUCACUUGUAGUUUUCCGUUGAGGAUUCUGUAUGAAGGAAAUUUGACUGUAAUUUUUCUCUAUAAAUAUGAUCUUGAAAUGGAAAUUUCACAAACA